GGAAAUGAGAUAUCAGGUCUGGAAAUAAUUACCAUAAGGGGCUGGAGGUUGGACAGGGUGGGAAUCUUGAUGCAUCAGGACACUGAAUCUGACGCUGUUUUGCAGUUCAGUCUGCUCCAGGUACUCUGAAAGAAAGCCCCAGCUUGGCUGCUGUCUGCUGAAAGUCCUUCAGCACAAGAGUUCACGUGUGACCAGGAGUGAAUUUGCUGUAAGAUCUCUCUCAUUGAAGCGUCUUCUCUCUUACCCUCCACAUUGGACCCUUAAGACUCUGUGCAUCAGGGAACUCAGCAAUCUCUUCAGAUCGGAAGCCUCUGACUGCCCUUUUUCCCGCCUUCCCUGCGCCCACCCACCCACCCCCAUCACCCGCAGCUCAUCAACACGGCCUCUCAGUGGAUGUAAUGCCACUCAGCUGAUCGGGGAAGAUGACCGUGAAUCGAAGAGCCUCUCAGCUGCUGUUCCUGUCCUUGCUGCUGCUGUUCGUCUGCCAACAAUGCAAGUCCAUCAGCAUCCCUCAACAGUACAAUCUGCAAAAGAAAUUGCCAAAACCUCCAAAGGUCACCGAGCAGACACCGGAGAACUACACAGUCUUCCCGACUGACGACAUUGUGCUCAAAUGUGAAGCCACGGGUGAUCCGCCACUUGUGUUCCGUUGGACGAAGGAUGGGACGUUUUUCGACCCGUCACUGGAUCCUCGCGUGACGAUGAACAAGACAUCGGGCACCAUGGUGAUUGCCACCUCCAACAACGGCGUGUCCUUCAGGGGCUAUCAGGGGACGUACCGCUGCUACAUCAGCAACAACGGUGGCACCGCGAUCUCCUCCAAAGUCAACCUCAAAACAGAGAGUACCCCUAAGUGGCCCAAGGAGAACGUCCAGCACUUGAGGAAAGAGGAGGGAGAGUCCUUGGUUCUCCAGUGCAACCCUCCCCCCAGCAUGGCGUCCUCCAUGAUCAUCUGGAUGACAAGCAAGAUGUUCAACAUUAAGCGGAAUGAGCGGAUAUCGCAAGGUCUAGAUGGGAACCUGUACUUCUCCAACCUGCUGGUGGGUGAUAGCCUGGAGGACUACACCUGCUAUGCCCAGAUCCCAGGAACACGCACCAUUAUCCAGAAGGAACCCAUUGCGCUUGAAGUGACUACGUCAAACUCGGUGAAGCUGCGGAAGCCACGGCUGCUGCAUCCCAGAGGUUCCAGCAGCUCCCGGCUGGCUCUCCGAGGGCGCCCUCUGUACCUGGAGUGCUUCGCAGAGGGGCUCCCAACUCCCACCGUGCACUGGGACAGACUUGAUGGGACCCUGCCCAGCGGUCGCCUCAGCUUUGAGAACUUCAACAAGACCCUGAAGAUUGCGGAGGUGGUGGAGGAAGAUCACGGGGAGUACCGCUGCAUUGCCAGGAAUGGACAGGGCCAGGUCAAGCACACCUUCAGCGUCUCUGUGGAGGCUGCUCCCUACUGGGUGAAGAUGCCCGAGGACGGCGUCUACGGCCCGGGGGAAAACGUGCUGCUUGACUGCGACGUGGAGGCAAAACCGAAGGCUGUGAUCCGCUGGAGCAUGAAUGGGGUGCCUCUGAACGAGACGGACCCGGAUCCACGGAGAAAGAUGUUGGGCAGCAGGGUCAUCCUGACAGGAGUGAAGAAAGAGGACUCCGCCAUCUAUCAGUGCGAGGCUGAGAACAAGCAUGGCACCCUGUUGGCAAACAUCAUCGUGCAGGUCGUUGAACUACCCGCUCAGAUCCUGACCCCCUCCGACCAGGAGUACCAGUUGGUGGAGAAGCAGACAGCCUACCUGCACUGCAAGGCAUUUGGGGCUCCCACACCCAAAAUCCAGUGGAACAAGGAGGACAUGCAGUCCGUCCUGCAGGAUGUUCGUUACUUCCUCUACACUAACGGGACCUUGAGGAUCGAGGAUGUGCAGAAAAUGGAUGGGGGUAUCUACACCUGCAAUGCCUCGAAUGGAAUCGGCGAGGACAGCCUACUGACUGCUCUGCUCAUUAAAAAUGCGAGCCGGAUGAUCGAGCCCCCGAGGGAACAGCACAUCCAGCGGCUGCACUCAGUGACGUUCCGGUGCCUGGUGGAGGUUGACCCCUCGCUGUACCCUCCCGAGCUGGAGUGGAGUAAGGACAGGCUGCCCAUUGACGAGUCCCCCGACGACGAAAGCAAGUAUCACAUCCGGGAAGGCCUCCUGAAAGUCAAAAACGUCAGCUACGAAGAUGAGGGGAUUUACACGUGCGUGGCCCGAACCAGCCUGGAUUCAGUGACAGCGAGCGCACAGCUCAUUGUGGUCGAUCGGCCAGACCCACCCGUUGACCUGAAAAUGGAAAACUUCCAACCCAGGGAGGUGCUGCUGUCGUGGACACCAGGGAAUGCUCACAACAGUCCCAUCGAGGAGUUCAUCAUUGAGUUUGAGGAGAACGUUUUUGAACCAGGCACGUGGCACAAGCUGAAGCACAUGAAGGGCAACCAACUCCAGGCUGUGCUGGAACUCUCUCCCUACGUCAACUACAGUUUCCGGGUCGUGGCUGUCAACCGCGUUGGGAGCAGCAACCCCAGCCAGGCCACGGAGCGCUACAUGACGCCGGCGGCAGUCCCAGACAAGAACCCAGAGGGAGUGAAAGGAGAAGGAUCUCUUCCCAGCAACAUGAUCAUCUCGUGGCAGGUUCUGAAGGGGCUGGACCAGAACGCCCCCGGCCUGCACUACGUUGUGAAGUGGCGACGGCUGGGAGUGGAUGACGAAUGGAAAGAGUUGGUGGUGGAUAACCCUCCCUAUGUAGUCAACUCCACCCCCACCUUUGUACGCUACCAGAUACAAGUGCAGUCCUACAACCAAGAAGGGUCAGGCCCGGAACCCAACACUGUCAUCGGCUAUUCAGGCGAAAACACUCCUCUGCACAGCCCAGAGUCGGUGUCCAUGGAUAACAUAACCUCAUCGUCCGUCAGAGUAAAGUGGGCUCGAGUCAGUGAAGAGUCGCUUCGUGGGCACCUUCAGGGGUAUAAGGUCAUCUACUGGAAACAUCACAGCGCAGAGCAUCACCAGCAGGUUGUCCACGGUGACCAUAACCAUGCUCUCAUCGAGAACCUCAAGCCCUAUACCAAGUACAAUCUUGUGGUGAAGGUGUUCAACAGCAAGGGAGACUCUCCUGAGACUGAAUCUCCCUACCAGUUCAUCACCCUUGAGGGAGUUCCCAGUAAGCCAAUCAAGGUGCACCUGGAGUUACUGAAGAACACAGAGGUUGCUGUUUCCUGGAGCCCGCCCCAACAUCCCAACGGGAUCAUUACUGGAUAUGUGCUGCAGUAUCAACAGAUCAAUGGGACAGUGAGUGGUCCCCUAAGAGAGAAGAUCGUACCAUCCCCAACCACCACCAGGGUCACUAUUCCGGACCUCCAGCCCAACUCCUCCUACAAGUUCUACGUGAUGGGACAGACCUCUGUGGGCAGGGGCAAGGCAACUGACAAGGGUAUUUUCACCAGCCGGGAAGGAGAGCCCAGGGUGCUGAAGAACAUCAACUACACCGUGGGUGAUACACACACCAACAUCACCUGGGUCGGACUGGAGGGACAUCGGGUCACAGAGCUCCAAGUUCAGUACAUGAGCAACGAUGCCAAAGGUGAUUGGAAAGACUCAAAGCCAGUCAACUCCACGCAGAACUUCUUCAUGCUGGAUGGACUGAAGCCAGGGACGCCCUAUCGGAUCAAGCUGUGGCAAGUCGGGCAGUUUGAGAAACUCUUGGUAUGGGACAAGCAGGUGGAGACCCUCGGGCCAGUCAUAAACGAGCUCAACAAUGGCAUAGCCACACAGGGCUGGUUCAUCGGUCUGAUCAGCGCCGUCGUCCUCCUCGUGCUCAUCCUGCUCAUUGUCUGCUUCAUCAAGAGGAACAAAGGAGGCAAGUACUCAGUGAAGGAUAAGGAAGACGCUCACGUCGACUCAGAGGCCCGGCCCAUGAAGGACGAGACUUUUGGUGAAUACAGGUCUCUGGAAAGUGACAAUGACCAGGAAGAGAAGCCCUUCAACAGCAGCCAGCCCUCGCUGGACGAGCGGAUCAAGCCGCUGGGAAGCGACGACAGCCUCGUGGACUACGGGGGCAGUGUUGACGUGGAAUUUAACGAGGACGGUUCAUUCAUCGGCCAGUACAGCGGCAAGAAGGAGGAAAAGGAGGCAGCAGGCAGCUCGGGGGGAGGCUCCCCAGUCAACGUCGAUAUCACGCUGGAUUAGGGGUUCAAUGAGGGGGGGUGGGUGGGGAAGAGGUGGGGUGGGUAUCUCCCAACAAGCGCCAACAUCGUAAACCAAUAUGCGUCAAUUUCCGUGGGUGCUACCUAUAAAUUUGUACUUGCCAAACUUUCUUUUUUGUAUUCUCACUUCGUACUGUCUCCUUUUCAUUUUCUUCUCUUGUCUGUCGCUUUCUUAAACGGUGCAGAGGAACUUGGAGUCAGAAGGAGUUGGUGCUCCAAGUGCACUGGAUCGCAGAUACUGCGGGGCAGUGGAAGGAGGAAGAAGGAUGACUGGAUCUGGGGUUCAGGGAGAGAAGAGCAUAGGAUUGAACAGUGACAGGCAUCUCCCUCUGACCAGUCUCAGUUCCUCCCUGAAUGGAGAUGGGGGAAUUCCACUAGCACACACCCACCCUACAUAUCUAACUGUACUGGUAGCCCGGCUAAAAUCUGAGGGAUUCAGAAUGCCCAGGAAGUGGCACUCUCCUUCAACUUUGAACUGGCUUGGACCAAUGUGGAGGGAGCUUCACUCUGAGUCUGACCCCAGGAGUGUGUGGAGGGAGUCUCACUCUAUGUCUGACUCUGGCAGCGUGAUGGGACAGUGAGGAGAGGAUUUCAUUCUGUGUCUGACCCUGCGAAUUUGUGAUAGUACAGUAUAGAGGGAGAUUCACUCUGUCCCUAACCCUGGGGAUGGUGUAGAGAGAGCUUCACUUUGUGUCUGACCCUGGGACUGUGUGUUGGCACAGUGUGAAGAAAGCUUAACUCUGUGUCUGACCCCGGGGGUACGUGAUGGGAUGGUGUGAAGGGAGCUUCACCCUGUGUAUGACCCCGGGAGUGUGUGAUGGGACAGUGUGGAGGGAGUUUCACUCUGUGUCUGACCCUGGGAGUGUGUGAUGGGAUGGUAUAGAGGGAACUUCUCUUUGUGUCUGACCCCUGGGGUGUGUGAUGGGACAGUGUGGAGGGAGCUUUGUCUCUAGCCAGUGCCCUGUUGACACUAGACAUAUCUGAGACAAACAAAAAAAAAAUUUUAAAUUGGAAUCUGAUCUGCGGGCUGGUGAUAUGAAUUGCAUGUGACUGACUUUCUGCGUCUUUGCGCAUGUCUUAAAGGCUCUUGUGUACAUAGUUAACAUACUGUCUGAAUUUUGUUGUCUGUCUCUUGUUGCCAACUGUGGAGCACUCUACCAGUGUAUAUUUAAUUGUAAAUACUCUUGUAUUUCACUUUCCAGUUUAUAGAGCACUACAGCACUGAAACAGGCACUUUGGCCCAUCUAGUCCAUACCAAAUUUGUAUGCACUCUAGCUUUGCGUCUAAUACUUUGGAUGGUGGUUACACUAACCCUUGCCCCCCCCACCCCAUUUAGAAAUGUACACACCAGUUCUUAUGAUUUCCAAAGCAGCCCUACACCCUGUACAAUGCUAACGGGGCAGUAGGAUGCCAAACUUGUGACCUGGAGGGAAACCAGCGUGGGGGAAGUUAGAUGUGAUAUCUGGAUGACAGUCCAGUCCACCUCGCUCUCACCUCCCAACGGGGUGUGUUGCUGUAGGGAAACACAUCCUGGGUAUCAAGACACAGACCCCCGUCCCACAGGCACAGGCCCAAUCCCAUCAUAAACACAGAUUCCAUCCAGUCACUGGUGGGGGUGUCACAGACACAGAUCCUAUCUUGUCACUGUGGAGGAAUCACAGAUACAGACCUGAUCCCGUUACCAUACAGGGAGUCAGAGACACAGACCUCAGACUAACGCUGUGAGGAAAUCACAGACUACAACUUAUCCUGUCACUGGGGUGGGGUGCAUUCAUAGACACAGACCCCAUCCUGUUUGGGGGCAGGUGUCACAGAAACAGACCACAUCCAGUGUGAGGGUGAGGAUCACAGACACAGACGCCAUCCUGUCACUGUGUGGAACCACAGGCUUAGACUGCACCUUCCAUCCUAUUAAACCCAGACAAAGGCUGUUCCAGGCUUUCGUCCGGGCUGUGCACCGGGAAUCCGUGGGUGACCCAUACUGACCCCGGGAAAGUGCGACCGGCUCACAGCGACUGAUGUAGAAUUGGACGCCAAAGCAGAACAGAGGCCAAAACACGAAUAAAUCAGCCAGGAUGGAAUGAUGACACAGGCUCGAUGGGCCAAAUGACCUAAUUUUGCUCCUAUGUCUUAUGGUCUUCUGGGUGGGUAGCCAGGAUGUAUUUUAAUAGCCAAGAUAUGAUUUCCAAUGCCUUUAUUCCCCUGAUAUAAACUGUGUAAAUUCUUGCAAUGUUAAAUUAUAUACAUGGUCACAAAUAAACAAAGUUCACUCCCUCUCUCUUCCA